AUGGGGAAAGGAAAUCAAAAUCUGACUUUAUACUUGGCCUUUUGUUUAUUCUUCAUUUCACAAUGUCAAAGUACUUCUAGUACUUCUUCUAAACAUCGUUGCCUCCCUGACCAGAGCUCUGCUUUGCUACAACUAAAGCAAGAAUUUGAAGAGGGAAUGUCAUCUGAGCCCGUUGUUUACUAUCCUGGUAAUUACCCAAAGAUGAAGUCUUGGAAAGCAAAAGUUGAUUGUUGUUCUUGGGAUGGGGUCACAUGCAAUAACAAGACAGGUCAAGUGGUCGGCCUAAACCUGGGUAAUAGUUGGCUGUCUGGAAUUCUCAGUCCAAAUAGCAGCCUUUUUAGCCUGCAUCAUCUUCAAAAACUCAAUCUUUCUAUGAAUGGGUUCAUUUUCUCCACAAUCCCUUCAAGUUUCAGCCAGCUUGUAAGGUUAUCCCAUCUUGACCUCUCUUUUUCCAAUUUCACUGGCCAAAUUCCAUCAGAAAUCUCAUGGUUGACCCACUUGAUUUCACUUGAUCUGUCCAACUUUAAUCUGCAUCUCAAAGGGAAAGACCUGGAAGCAAUUUCCAAGAACAUGACAAAUAUGAGGGAACUUCAUCUAGACCAUGUGAACAUUUCAUCAUCAGUACCUCAAUCCCUGGUAAAUUUAUCUUCCUUGACAUCUCUAUCUCUCUCUGAUUGCAGUUUGUUUGGUGAAUUUCCCAAAAAUGUUUUCUUGUUGCCCAAGUUACAAGCCAUUGUUUUGUCACGUAAUGACUUGCUCAUUGGUUUUCUUCCAGAAUUUCCUUCUGGAAGUUCUCUAAGGGUAUUGGAUCUUUACUCUACAAAUUUUUCUGGGAAAUUACCUAAUUCAUUUGGCAACCUAGAGUCCUUGAACCUUUUGGAUCUUCACAAAGCAAAUUUUUUUGGGGAGUUGCCCAAUUCAAUUGGUAACAUUGAGUCAUUGAGCUUUUUAAACCUCGAUUAUAAUCAUUUCUCAGGGGCAAUCCCUUCUUCUAUUGGGAACCUAUCUCAACUCACUUCACUUUCCCUUUCAUUCAACAAUUUUAUUGGUCAGCCUCCAUCUACACUGGGAAACCUUGCAAAGCUCAAUUUUAUUUCUCUUCAAAGUAUCAAUCUCCAUGGGAAAAUACCAUCUUUCUUAAAUAAUCUAACACAGCUAGAAUUUCUAUAUCUUUCGUACAACAAUUUUGAUGGUGGAUUUCCAACCUCAUUGACAAAUCUUACUAAACUUAGAGAGAUAUAUGUCUCAAGAUGUCAGUUGAAAGGGCCAAUCCCAUCUGAAAUAAGUACACUUCCUCAGUUGUAUACCUUUGACUUGUCAUAUAACUCACUCUCAGGAGCCAUCCCAUCUCUUUUGUUUACAAUGCCUACACUAGAAAAGCUACGUCUAGACCAAAAUCAACUUACAGCCCCUCUUAAAUUCAAAAAUAUCUCCUCAUCACCAUUGUGGGCAUUGAGUUUGGGUGGAAAUGUAUUGGGCAAGAUGGAGCUAAAAAUUUUCUUUGAGCUUAAAAAUCUUUUGUAUUUGGAUCUUUCAGGUACCAACUUAUUGAUAUCAAAAGGAAAUAUCAACUCCAUCAUCCCUAAUUUUAUACGAUUGUGGUUGUUUUCUUGCAAUUUAACUGAAUUUCCAGAUUUCCUAAAAACCCAAACUUUUUUAAUGGAUUUAGACCUUUCCAACAAUAAAAUUGAAGGCAAAAUACCUAAAUGGUUUUGGAAUGUUGGAAAGGAGACAAUGCAAUUCCUAAAUCUUUCUUUUAACCAUUUAAGUAGUUUUGAACAACCAUUAACAGUUCUUCCUUGGCAAACUUUGCCUCUUUUAGACUUGAGUUCCAACAUGUUGCAAGAAUCUCUUCCAAUUCCUCCAUUGUCUACAAAUUAUUUUAUUGCAUCAAAAAAUAACUUGACUGGAAGAAUCCCAUCAAUGAUUUGUAAGGUGAAUUCUCUGAAAAUCCUUGAUAUCUCUGAUAACCAAUUAAUUGGUGAGAUUCCACAAUGUUUAGGUAAUUUUAGCAGCUCUCUCUCAAUAUUGAAUCUUAAAAGGAACCUAUUUCAAGGAAACUUACCUGAAACAUUCAUGGAAGGGAGCAUUUUGACAUCACUAGACUUCAGUUACAACCAAAUACAAGGGAAGAUUCCACGAUCAUUAGUGAAGUGUCGAAUGCUAGAAGUUCUUAAUCUUGGAAAUAACAUGAUGAAUGACACAUUCCCCUUUUGGUUGGAGUCUUUGCCAGAGUUGCAAAUUCUCAUCUUGCGAGCAAAUGGAUUCCAUGGUCCUAUAUGGGGUCCUCACACCAGGCUUGGGUUUUCAAAAUUGCGUGUCUUUGACAUCUCUUACAACAAUUUCUCUGGCAGGUUACCAUUGGAAUACUUUAAAACCUGGGAUGCAAUGCUAAUGGUCCAUGGAAGAGAUAAUUCACAACCAGAAUACAUGGAAGAUCAAGCCCCUUAUUACAAAGACUCAAUAACGGUGAUGAAUAAGGGAGAAGAAAUGGUAUUGGUAAAGAUCUUGAUCAUCUUCACAUCUAUUGAUCUAUCCAAUAAUAGAUUUCAUGGAGAAAUUCCGGAUACAAUGGGAAUGCUCAAGGAUUUAAUUGUACUAAACUUAUCGAGCAAUAGUUUCACUGGUCAUAUCCCAUCAUCCUUGGGAAAUCUAACUGAGCUUGAGUCAUUAGAUCUCUCUCGAAACAAGCUCUCAGGGGAAAUCCCUCAUCAACUUUUAAGUCUCACAUUUCUUGCAUAUUUGAACCUCUCUAAUAACCAACUUAUGGGUCUGAUUCCCCAAGGUGGACAAUUUUGGACAUUUGAUGAUUCCUCUUUUGAGGGGAACUUGGGAUUGUGUGGCCCUCAGUUGUCAAAGAAAUGUGGACACAGUGAAACUCCAACUUUUGAGCCAAGCAAGGAGUCAUCUUUCGGAGAGUGGUUCAAUUGGAAAGUGGUAGUGAUAGGAUAUGCUUGUGGGUUUGUAAUUGGAUUGCUUACCGGGCAUGUCAUCACAUCGAAGAGGCCAAAUUGGUUUGUGAGAACUUUUAGAGUGAACCUGCGGAGGCAAAGAUAA